AUGAGCAAACUUAAUAGAAAAGUUGUACUUAUUGCAGGUGCUUCUGAACGUGCAGAACAUGCUUUCAUCACUGGACGUCGACAAGAAAUGCUUGAUGAAGCUGUAAACAAGAUCAGCAGUACAAUUAUGGCCGAUCUCGACAAUCUAUGCAACGUCAUUAAGAAAGAAAAAGGUCGCCUGGAUAUCGUAACAGUAAUGUUUAGAGAUGUAGCUAAUAGUGAAGUGACAGAAUCAACUUUCAUCACCGAUUUAAUAGCUAUCGUACCAUUGGCUUGGACUGGCAUGCCCGAUAAAACGGUCAAAACUGCAGUCUUUCGUACUUCGGACGAUAGCAGUUAUAUUACACGUAUCAAACUUUUUGUUGAUGGAGGAAAAGAAUAA